UCAAAAGUUCUUUCUACUCUUUAUAUCGUCGCCUUUCUCGCAUGACAGUUUUUCGCGGGAAAUUGCUAAGCAAAGACAGUUGCUGCGUAGGGUUUCUUUUUUCGCGGGAAAUCGCUGUGUAGGGUCUCUCUCUCGAUUUCUGAGCUAGGAAUGUGAGUCAAUUUGAUUGGGAUUGGAUGGAAGGAGUAGUUAAUUCUCCAUCCAUAAGGCCUAUCAAUAAGGGUGUCAUUCACAGGAUUUGCUCUGGGCAAGUAAUUUUAGAUCUUUCAUCCGCUGUCAAGGAGUUGGUAGAAAACAGCUUGGAUGCUGGUGCAAGCAGUAUUGAAAUAAGUUUGAAAGAGUAUGGCGAAGAAUCCUUCAAGGUUAUAGAUAAUGGUUGUGGCAUUUCACCUAGUAAUUUUCAGGCUCUUGCACUCAAGCAUCAUACUUCUAAAAUAGCAGAUUUUCCUGAUCUUCAGUCUUUGACGACUUUUGGCUUCAGAGGAGAGGCACUAAGCUCCCUUUGUGCAUUGGGGAACUUAACUGUUGAAACGAGAACAAAAAAUGAGUCUGUUGGCACGCGCUUGACGUUUGACCAUUCGGGUUUGGUAACAUCUGAAAGGAAGACAGCACGACCAAUUGGCACGACCGUCACUGUUGAGAAGCUGUUCUCCACUUUGCCAGUGCGGAAUAAGGAGUUCAGUCGCAAUAUCCGAAGGGAAUAUGGAAAGCUCAUUUCUUUAUUGAAUGCAUAUGCAGUUAUUGCAAAAGGAGUGCGACUGGUUUGCACCAACACCGCCAGUAAAAAUAUAAAGUCUGUGGUGCUUAAAACCCCUGGAAGCAGUUCACUCAAAGAUAAUAUUGUAACAGUAUUUGGCAUGAACACCUUUGCAUGCUUGGAACCUUUGAGCAUAUGUGUAUCAGAUGGCUGCAAAGUGGAAGGCUUUCUUUCCAAGCCUGGGCAAGGCAGCGGACGUACCCUUGGAGAUAGACAGUUCUUUUAUGUAAAUGGUCGGCCAGUGGAUAUGCCUAAAGUCAGCAAGCUUAUAAAUGAACUGUAUAAAAGUUCGAACUCCCGGCAGUAUCCUGUUGCAAUCAUGAAUUUUACUAUACCAACUAAAGCAUAUGAUGUCAAUGUAACUCCGGAUAAAAGGAAAAUAUUCUUUUCUGAUGAAGCCUCCCUUAUGCUUUCCUUAAGAGAGGCGAUAGAAAGCAUCUACUCCCCAAGCCUCUGUAGCUAUUCAAUUAACAGCUUUGAGGAUCCAAAGAAGGGUUCAAAGAAGGAAAAGGAUACAUUUGAAUUGGAUGCACCUUGUGACGAACCCCAUUGCUCUCCACCAAAAUCUCCUAGAGGCAGUGUGCAAAAGGACGUUGCGUGCUGGCCAGAACAAACCACGGAUGAUACUUCUCUUGACAUGGUUGAAGAGGGCAUUCCGGAUUCAGAUGUGGCAGAAGGAAUCGUUCAAUGCAAGGAGGAAACUCCCUUGUUGAAGAAUAGUGCUCUUAUUAGCAGCUACAGCAUGGAGAAGUCCAAAAGAUUUUCUGCAUAUCAGCCUAAGCAGCUGAAAACUCCGAUAUCUAAUACAAGAAAUGAUAAGCAUGCCAUGUAUGGUGGAAGAGAAGUUGAAAAGGAUUCUGCAGAAAAUGUUGAUUCAUCCAGUCGUUCAAAAGUUGUUCAGUCUUCACUUACCAAGUUUGUGACCGUGAAUAAGAGGAAGCAUGAAGAUACUUGUACAGUAUUGUCAGAAUUGCCAGUGCUAAGAAGUGAAAUGCUUCCUUGUCAAGUGAGGAAAACACAUCCAGAAAUGCAUGCUUCAGUCUCAGGUUCCCUUCUUAGUCAACAUGAAUGUGAUGAUUCUACUGACAUGGAUAAAAACGAACUUUCAGAGCAUUCCAAGGCAUUCCAUGUUCUGAAUGAAGUGAGAACUCCACCUUUGGCCAGAAGCUGCAUUGAUGAUAGAGUGUCUGCUGAGGAGAAUGUCACAAGUCAGGAGAAAGCAUCACCUCUCGUUGAUGUGGGUUCAAAAGCUUUUUCUGGCAAAAGUCUAGAAAAUACACUGGACGAUCUAUCAAGUACAGCUCCAUUGGUACAAUCUUCCAAUGUGAUUUUGGAUGGUCCAGUCCCUUGUUCUGGUUCAGAGAUAUGUUCUGUUUUGCAAUUUAGUAUCAAUGAUCUUAGAACCAGGAGGAGCCAGAGACUGUCAAGAUUGCAUUCCAACAGUUCUGCACCUGAAAGAAUGAAUAUUAAAAGAUGCUAUGCUGCUGCAACAUUGGAGAAUUCCCAACCAGAAAAUCAGGAGGGAAAGGCAAAGGCUCUAGCUGCAGCAUGUAAUGAGUUAGAGAGAUUCUUUAGGAAAGAAGAUUUUGGAAGAAUGGAGGUUAUUGGGCAGUUCAAUCUUGGUUUUAUCAUCGGCAAGAUUGAUCAAGACUUAUUUAUUGUAGAUCAGCAUGCUGCAGACGAGAAAUACAACUUUGAGCGUCUCUCGCAAUCAACCAUCUUGAACCAACAGCCUCUGCUUCAGCCAAUGAGAUUGGAAUUAUCUCCUGAAGAAGAAGUAAUAGCCUCAAUACAUAUGGAAAUUAUCAGGGACUUCUUUUAUUUGUUAUUAUUAUUUCCUUUUUGUGUCAAACAAAAGGAAAUGCAUUGCAAAUUCCACAAGGCUAACACUACAUAUGGGUGCAUCCCAAGGCUGAUGGAACGUGCUGCAUCCAAAUGACAAGAUAAGAACAGGAAUGUCCCCUUUUUAUCUAACUUGUGAUUCAAAAACAGGAAAAUUGAUGCCCACAUUAUGGGGCUUCCCUUCUCCAUCCCACCACAGAACCCUGUUAAUAGCUAUUUGGUGGUAAACCCAAAUGCCUUUUGGAUGCUUGAAAUAGGUUGCUGAAUCAUAUUAAUUGCAAGCUGAAAAUUUUCAAUUCAAAAAGCAUAUGAUUUGGCUGGACACGUCUUAGUAUGGAUAUUCUUUUUUUCAUCUCAAGUAUUGUGCCCAUGGGCUGCACAUGAUGAAUGACCUAAUCUUGAACAUAUUUCAUUUUGGAGUGUUUGCUACACUGAAAUUGAAGCAGGAUCAUGUCUGCAUGGCCUAAAAAUGAGAACAAGUUGAUCAUCAGUUGGGUCACAUGUAUGAAAAAAUGGACAUUUUGAAAAAAAUUCCAACAGUUUUGACAUGCGUGGUUUGCCUGACUGUACUUAUUUUGGCCAUGGAUGGUACACUAUAGAUUUCCCCUGUUGAAUGGCCUGGAUCUUACCCUUGGCAAAAUCCCAUGGGUAACCAUUGUACAGCUCAGUGAAACCAGAACAGUAGAUUUGUCAGCAGAGGGAGGAAGGGAGCACAGAGAAAUCAUCGUUUGCAUGUAAGGGAGGAAGAACUUAACAUUUUCGUGGAUGUAGUUGAAUUGCAAUCAAUUAUGAUGAGGUCCUGAAACACACCACAUUUAUAUGCAAUCUAGAAUGUUGCCAAAAAAAAAAAAAAACAAA